AUGACCAUGCAUUCUUCUUCUUCUUCUCUUUCCCGGCGCCAGAGGCCUAACAACAACAACGAAAAUGGUAUUAGCAAGUCUAUGUCGGCAGAAGAAGAAGUGAAGCUUGCCGCUCUCGCUAUCAGCCUUAACGUACGGCUCAGAUCAGCAGAUAUGCCUUUCGCCAUGCAAGCACACGCCCUUCGGUACGCCAGAACUCUCCUUCUCCAACCUGCAACUCAUCGCCCUAAUCCAUCCCUCCUCGCCCGCUCUCUCAAAAAGGAGUUUGAUUCGAUGUAUGGACCGGCGUGGCACUGUGUGGUGGGGAAGAGUUUCGGAUCGUUUGUGACUCAUUCGCCUGGUGGAUUUGUGUAUUUUUCACUGGAAUCGUUCUCCUUUCUUCUGUUCAAGACGGAGGUUCAGUUGAUCACGGAAUCAGUACCAACACCUGCUGCCCGCUGAAUCAUUUUCUGGUUGCUGCAGCUGGCUCGCCUGUCAGUGGUUAGUUUCGCAAUCUGACAUUUGAAACAGAUAUACUAGCUGCUAACUUCUUUUGGAGCUAUUUUCACAAGCUAAUUAUGAUUGUACAUGAUAAUAUUGAUAUUUCUCUAAGAAAAAAAUACAUGUAGGCUGUUUCAUACUGUU